UGCCGCGCCGAUGGAGUGCCAUAGCUGAGGGCUGAGGCUACACACCGACAGCGGGCUACUGAAAAGGGUCGGCCUUCCAUACCGCCCGUCCUCCUCUCCUCUCUUGCUCGCUCCUUGUCAAACGUUGCCGGUCCCGAGCCCCCUCGCUUCGACGCCACACCAGUACUCGCUAUAAAUGCACGCACAUACAGCCAGCCAGCCAGCCAUUGGAGGUUCCAUUCCAUUCUCUUCAGCCUCGUAGCCCCACUCACUCACCGGCUCCAGCUUCCUGUUCUUCCUCUUCUUCGUUGUCUUCUUCUUCGUAUCUCAUUCUGUCUGCUCCUCUCCGUGCUGAAUCAGAUGGCGAAGGCGAGGAGGCGUCGCAUGCCGGCGUUCGGGGAGUGGAACUACAGCUACCACCACGACGAGCCGGAGGCGGCGGCGGCGACCGCGUGCUACGCCACGCCGGAGCCGGAGGCCUGCAGCGACGUGUGGUUCAGGUACUCACCGCCCCCGCGCAAACCCAUGCCCAAGAAGCAGGCGAUGAGGCGGUCCGAGGGCGACGUGUCCCGGGAGCGCUCGACGGCCAAAGGCGGCGACUCCAGGCGCGUGGUGCGGCCGGUCGACGGGGACCUGUACCAGGUGCCACCGCCGGAGCUCGCCCCCCACCGGGGGCCGAGGAAGACGGGGGGCCUGUGGAUGGGAUGCCUGGGCCUCAGCUCAUGCGUCGACUGAACCCAACAUGUCCUGAUGGUCGACGGGAUGCUGCGUGCGUCUUCAUCGGCUGUGUUUAUUUGCCCUUUCUGUUGGAUAUACACUAGUUCUGUCCAGUUCGUAAUAUAGGUGGUUUUAGAACCUAGUAAUUUUUAUUACGUUCAUGUGCUUUGUACUUCCGGUGAAGUUUGAUAAUAAUAGAUCUAAAUCAUUUUCGAAAAAAAAUGUAUAGUU